GACGGGGAGGGAGGAGGGAGGCAACGUUUUUUUUUCCUUGAGCGCGAGACAAGACGCGAAUCAAAGGCAGUGGUUGAGCAGGUGGGACAGGACUCGAGAAGCGGAAGAUGCUGGGCGCCUGGGCUUGAUUUUCAUAAUGUCAGCGUGAUUAGGGCUGUGGACGGUUUGCGGCAUGGGCCAGUCUACGCCUGGAGACAUGUUUAGGGGCAGCUUGCUAGGGGUUAGCAGUGGGUUGAUUCCCCGGCCAAAUUGCACGGUUGCGUCCCCCUCCGCCGGCGAGGAUGAUUUGGAUGAUUCGUGUGAUUCGUCGUGGGCGGGGCCAAGCUCCCAGGGGCACGUGCAAUCUGCAAGGUACCCUCUCCCCAUUGGCGCCACCCAUGCUGCUCAUUUUGCGGGCUGUGGGUACAUUUCUGCCGCCCAACGCCUCCCACCAUCCACCCAUCCAUCCAUCCAUGGCCUCGCCUCGCCUUGCACCGCGACUUGCCCACCCGUCUAUCCAGCCCUUCAGCAAUUCGCGACUACACACCAGACAACCAUUGCCGGGCGCACGCGCGGACCGCCUCCCUUUCGGGCCGGAGCCCCACGAUCAACACCUCUCGCUACUGUCGUGCACGUGACCCACCGCUCCCUGCUACUUACUUCCACAUGCCCACAUGUACUACACACUUUCAUACGUGCGUACACAUGUAUGCACACAUCUUCCCCCAUGUCCGGCUAAUGCAGGUACCCCCGCCAGACGUGCAGCAG